UUCCGAUGUGCGACCAAUCGUGCUGUGAGAUCGGUGUGAGGCGGGCACUGUAAAUAGCAGAUCCGGAUUCAACAACAGCUUGGGCGGGCAAAUAGCAAAAUUAUCAAAAACACAACAGUAGAUUUGUGGAGGUAGGGGAGCAAGCCCGAGCAGCAGCCAUGAAGCUUCUAUCUCCCUCCACCGCCACCGCAACCAUCACUGCCGGGGCCACGGCAGCCGCGGCCAUAGCCACCAAUAAAGCUAAUAUAAUUACAGUUGCGCCACCCAUUACCCAAGUCCAGUCUUCUAAUCCCUUCCCCAUAACCAUCAAAUUACCCACUUCAUCAAAGAAGAAAACUGCCUGCAGAGUCCGCUCUUCUUGGAACCCUAUCACUCCCUCAUCCCUUUCUUUUUCUUUUUCUUCCGUAUCUUCAACAGCAAGAGCAACCGCAAGAACUACCUCAGAUUUUCUGCAUUCAUCCGCAACUACCAGUGGUCAACACCACUGGAUGGUUAUCAUGGAGAAGCCUCCGGAAGGGAUUCGCUCCAAACCGGAAAUAAUCGAUUAUUAUGCCAAAACCCUAGCUAGGGUUUUGGGAAGCGAGAAAGAAGCUCAAAAGUGUAUCUACGACGCAUCCUGGCAGACCCAUUUUGGCUUCUGUUGCGACAUUGAUGAGGAGACUUCUCGCCAGCUUGCUAGUUUGCCAGAGGUGUUAUCUGUUAGGCCCGACCCGGAUAUUGAUUCAUCAGAAAAGGACUAUAGUUUUUCAAGCUUUCCAUUGAGUAAUCCAUCAAACUCAAAUGGUGUGGCUCCUCUACUGUUUCCUGAGGGAACUUCCAAGUACUGGUUAGUUCGAAUGGAGAAACCAGGAGUUGAAGUUAUCACAAAGGCCCAGAUGGUGGACUAUUAUGCUCAAAUAUUAACAAAAGUUUUGGGGAAUCAGAAGGAUGCUGAAAUGUGUAUAUAUCAUGUUUCCUGGCAAAAUAAUUUUGGCUUCUGUUGUCAACUUGAUGAGGAGUGUUCACGGGAGCUAGCUGGCGUGCCAGGUGUUUUGUCUGUUCUACCCGAUGAAAAAUUUGAGUCAGAGAACAAGGAUUACAGAGGUGAUUCUGACUCCCCUGGCUCUUUGGAUGCAAAUCAGAUGCCCAAUGUAAAAACAAAAAGGCUAUUUGUAACUGGCCUAUCCUUCUACACAUCAGAGAAAACAUUACGUGCGGCAUUUGAAGGUUUUGGUGAGCUUGUGGAAGUUAAAAUUAUAAUGGACAAGAUAUCUAAAAGGUCAAAGGGUUACGCAUUUAUUGAAUACACAACAGAAGCUGCUGCUAGUGCUGCUCUCAAAGAGAUGAAUGGCAAGAUCAUUAAUGGCUGGAUGAUAGUUGUUGAUGUUGCCAAGACAAACCCACCUAAAUACAGCAGGAACCGGCCGAGGCCAACCUUCUAAAUAUUGGGAGGAGCAAGUUCAUUGUCAGCUCUGCAUGGCUCUAAUCUAGCUAUUACACGAGUAAAGAUAACUGAUUUGGGAGUGUGAAGAUAACCUGGUCCGAGUGAAAAUGUAUAUCAAGCAUCUAGUUUUCAUUAGUGCUUUUGUAUCUAGUCCUUGUAUUUUUUUCGUGGUCCUUUUUAGCCACUCGACCAUUAGGCUUGACCUACCUAUGGGAGAAUUAGGUCGCUUCACAUGCUGUUGCUUUUCAGGUGAUUGUGUUGUACUGCGGCCAUUUUUUGCACUCUGCGCAUCCUGUCGAGGAAAAUCAAGCAAUGUUGGUAAUAUUGUCAGGAAAGAGUUUCAUUUAUAGGGAAAUAUUUAUUGUUUAAUGCAUUUUCAUGUUAAAAGAAAUUUCAUUGGUUUUGUAUAUAAAUUCUUUUUGGUGACUCAAA